UUGAGAUUGGAGAGAAGAUGAAGAGCUUAAAUCUUCUCACUCUUUGCUCUCUUUAUCUCUCAUUCUCCCUUGUCUUCAACUUUGUAGCUCCGACCAUAUUGUUUCAGGGUUUCAAUUGGGAAUCAUGCAACAAACCAGGAGGAUUGUAUAAUUCACUGAAAAACUCAAUCGAUGAUUUGGCUAGAGCAGGGGUUACACAUGUUUGGCUUCCUCCACCAACUCAUUCGGUUUCUCCUCAAGGAUAUCUUCCUGGAAGAUUGUAUGAUCUUGAUGCAUCUAGAUAUGGCAACGGGGCUGAUUUAAAGAGCUUGAUUAACGCCUUCCACCAAAAAGGAAUCAAAUGUGUUGCGGAUAUAGUGAUAAAUCAUAGAUGCGCAGAUAAGCAAGAUGGUAGAGGAAUCUAUUGUAUAUUUGAAGGUGGAACUCCAGACGAUCGCCUAGAUUGGGGGCCAUGGGCUAUUUGCAGGGAUGACACUCAAUACUCUGACGGUAGUGGAAAUCUAGACACUGGAGCUAGUUAUGGUGUCGCACCCGAUAUAGACCAUCUAAAUCCAAGGGUACAAAGAGAACUAGUUGAUUGGAUGAAUUGGCUGAAGACGGAAAUUGGUUUUGACGGGUGGAGAUUUGAUUUUGUCAAGGGAUAUGCUCCCAGCAUUACUAAAAUUUACAUGGAAAAGACUAGGCCUGAUUUUGCAGUUGGAGAGCUUUGGGAUUCCAUUAAUUAUGAUCCAGACGGUAAGCCAGACUACAAUCAAGACGGACCUCGAAAUGAACUAGCUGGAUGGGUACAAGCUGCAGGUGGUGGUGUUAUUGCUGCAUUUGAUUUCACCACCAAAGGUGUUCUUCAAGCUGCCGUGCAAGGAGAGUGGUGGAGAAUGAAAGAUUCUAGUGGUAGGCCUAGUGGGUUAAUAGGAAUUAUGCCUAAAAAUGCUGUCACUUUUAUUGAUAAUCAUGACACUGGUUCCACACAAAGGUUAUGGCCUUUUCCUGCAGACAAAGUAAUGCAAGGAUAUGCUUAUAUUCUUACACACCCAGGAAUUCCAUCAAUAUUCUAUGACCAUUUUCUUGAAUGGGGACUCAAGGAAGAGCUCGUCAAAUUGACUUCGAUUAGGCUAAGAAAUGGGAUAAGUGAAUCAAGCAAUGUGAAUAUAAUGGCCUCUGAUGCAGAUUUAUAUGUGGCAAUGAUUGAUGGAAAAGUUAUUGUUAAGCUUGGACCAAGAUACAAUCUUGGAAAUCUUAUUCCUUCGAAUUUCAAAGCUUCUACUUUUGGAAAAGAUUAUUGUGUUUGGGAGAAGCAAGGUUAAGACAAGCAUAUGCACUAUAUAUGUUGAGAUAGAUACGAGAGAUGUCAAUUGUUUCUUCUUCGAAGCUCCUGCUUCCUUAUUGUUGUAUGCUACUUUGUUGUAGUAGACUAGUAGUCUUGCUCUUUGUUAUCCCUUUUGUAUUACAAAUGAGCGUGGUAUAAUAAUAAUAAGAAUGAUUCUUCCCAUCCUUGAUAAUUA